AAUGCCAAGUCGUGCCAAGCAUAUUAUAUCAAAUUUUAUGAGUUUCGUACGAAUUAACGGCACGCGCUGCCGUAAGAUGGCAGCAGGGGCAGCUAUCAAAAAUGCCCUUUUCAAAUUAUUGCGCGGCGCAGGCACCACCUUGGCGUUGCCAGACUGCAGUUCUUUUUGCAGACAAGCUGGCACCAUCUGUAGACUCCCUCGCAACUAUUGUACAAAAACAACUAUUGGAUUUCGACAGCAAAUGGACCACACGAUACCCCCGAAAGAGUACAAAUGGACACCUGGAAAUCUUAUUAGUGACAACUUUAAACUUGGUUCCAAUGGCCAUGUUUGCAUUGUGCUCAAUCGACAAAUUCAGGUUCCACCUCACGUGGUCAAACUGUUAUGGAAGAACGCGACCUUGCGGUGUGCCGUCGAUGGAGGAUCCAAUCACUUGAAAAACUUUAUCAUAUCACAGACAGACGGUAAGAAAAAUAGCAAAGGUGAAACUGCGGCGAGCGACAUUGAACCACCAGAUCUGAUAACAGGCGAUUUUGAUUCAAUUACGGAAGAUACGAUUGAAUAUUUUAAGGGAAUACCGAAAAUAAGCACACCCGAUCAGGAUGCUACAGAUUUUACCAAAGCCUUCGCAGUUCUACAGCCUGUCAUGGUACAGCGCAAGGUUAAGGAUGUGGUAGUGUUUCAUGAUUGCUCUGGUCGACUAGACCAGGUGAUGGCCAACCUGAAUACACUGUUCAAAGUGCAGAAAGAAAAUUGUAAUGUAUACCUUCUGAGCGGUGAUUCUAUCACGUGGCUGCUGCGACCAGGCAAACAUACUAUACAGGUGCCUGUUGACCUGGUCACCAGUCAGCGCUGGUGCUCUCUAAUACCUGUUGGCAGAACUGCUCACAAUGUGACCACACAGGGUCUCAAGUGGAACUUAUAUCAUGCACAAUUGGAAUUUGGUGGUAUGGUCAGUACUUCGAAUACCUAUUCCACGGAGUUUGUGCAGGUGGAGACUGACAGCAAUUUGAUAUGGUCCAUGGGUGCUUAUGAUUUCGAGGAGAAAUUGCGUUCGAUCAUCAAAUAAAUUGGCAUCGUAUGAUUUUUUUUUUCUAAUAAGAAAUGCCGCUUGGAGACUUAAAAAUUAGUAUAGCUUAAGCUUGUUGUUGUUGGUUAACAAAGUGACAAAACAAAAACAUGUUUAUUGUUCUUC